GAAAAUUGUGCCCUUCAACAUCCCGUGCUGCCUGGCGUGUGGGACUUUGUUUUAAAUUCGGACAUGGAGAGGACAAGAGGUCUUCCUUAUAACACUUUACACUCGAGAGGGUCAAUGUGAACGCAUGGUGACCUAAAAAAAAAAAAGAUGGCCAGAACAGGAGUGUGUUGCGCCAGCCUGGAGGACCCCAAGGCCCUGAUGAAGAUGGGUCUCAGCGUGGUGCUGGUGGGCCACAUCAACUUCAUGCUGGGAGCACUGGUGCACGGCGUGGUGCUGCGCCACAUCAACCUGCACAAGCAGGCCAGGGCCAUGGAGUACGCCAUAUCCAACGUGGUGGCGCUCACAUCCGGCCUAAUGGGAGUCUUGGUGGGCAUUCUGGCUAUCGUCCAGUCCAAAAACAAGGGGAGGAGAAGCCUGACCUGGUCCCUCUUCAGCAUGAGCUUGGCUUCCUCCCUCACGGCGGCCGCGGCUGCCAUCGGCCUCCUGGUGUCGGUGGUGAGGGCCAUCAUUCACGGCGGGCGCAGCCUCCUGACGCACUGCCGCUUCCCGGACGCCAUCGGCUACUCCAGCAUCACCAACGAGUGUCCUUUCGACCCCACGCGCAUCUAUAGCACCACUUUGAUCCUGUGGGUUCCUCUCAUCGUCACCUGUAUCGUCCAGCUGAUAUUUUGCGCCCGCUGCUUGUCCGUGUGCGUGUCCUUCCUGGGCCUACCUUGUUGUUGUCACCUGCAGAGGAAGCGCUCCAGGGAAGCCAGAGCGAUCAGAGUCGUGCGGCCGCUCGAGGAACUGGCGGCGUCUCGCGUUACCAAACCGAGACACCAAUCGGAAACGCCUCCAAACCGCUACACGGAGGCCCCGAGGAGUUCUAGCGAACCCAGGAGGCAGGUGUCACAACAGGUGAGGCAACAGCGCCCCCAUCGUCCCCCGACGCAGUACAGGAGCCUCCCGCCUACGCAGAGGCAGCCUCCUCGCCAGCAGCCGAGCAGGCAAAAGCCGCAGAAGCCCCACCAGGGCCAAGGAAUCCAACAGAGGCCGCCUGAACAGCACUUGCUACUGGAGAGAGGGACUCUGGACCGAUCCAGUUUCUGGAUUUAAUCCGAGAAGUGAGUGGAUUUAUGGAAAUGAUAUUUCACCGUGGACCUCAAGUUCUUUAGGAAAAUCUGCUCAUCUCUAUCGGAGCAGUUUUAUCAGAACGUUCUCAAAAGGUGCAAUAUAAAUGCUCGUUGUUUUGUUCUGUUUUAUACUGAUUGUGUUCCUCACAUUUUGACCCACUUGCAGUUCUACGCAAUCCGCAAUAACGAUGACAUUAUGUUAAAGGAAUAACCCGCUUUAAUAUUUUUAUUGGCAUGUUAUCAACACUUCCGAUGCAAAAUCCUCAUUUGUUAAAUGAUAGUCAUAACGGCAUAACUCUCUCCGAACAUGUUUAUCGGAAUGUUGUCAAAAAAAUUCAGAUGAAAAUACUCCUUAGAUAAAUAUUGUGCUCUGUGAGCAGUUUUUUCGGAAUAAUAUAAAACAAAUUCCCAUACAAAUACUCACUUGUUAGAUAUCCAGCUCUAAACAUUUUUAUCGGAAAGUUAUCAAGAAAAUCCUCCCCCAAAAAGACUCAGUUUAUAAAUAUAAUGCAGUUAUCAAAAUAUUCCGAUAAAUAUACUUGAUGAAUUAAUAUCGCACAUGCUGAGAAUUUUUAUCGGAAUAUUAUUAAACAAUUCCCACACCAAAACUCACUUGAUAGGUAUCGCGCUCGCUGAACAUUUUUAUCGGAAAGUUAUCAAGAAAAUCCUUCCCCCAAAAAACUCCCUUUAUAAAUAUAGUGCACUGUUAUCAAAAUAUUCUUAUAAAAAUACUUGAUGAAUUAUCGCACUCGCUGAGAAUUUUUAUCGGAAUGUUACCAAACAAUUCCCACACAAAUACUCACUUGAUAGAUAUUGCGCUUGCUGAACGUUUUUAUCGGAAAGUCAUCAAGAAAAUCCUAUUCAAAAUUAAAAAAAACCCACUAAAUAAAUAUUGUGCACAGUUAUCAAGAAACCCCUACGAAAAUACUUGAUCAAUUAAUUUUUUUAUCGUAAUGUUAUAAAAAACAAUUCCCAUAAAAAUAAAUGAAUACCGCGCUCACUGAGGAUUUGUAUCGGAACGUUAGCAAAAAGUUCCUGCAAAAUAUUUGAUGAAUUGAUAACACGCUCUCUGAGCAUUUUAUUAUUAAAAUUAAAUUAACAAAACAUUCCGAUUUAAAAAAUUGGUAUAUUAAGAUUUCCAAGCAUUUUUAUAGAAAAUGCUAUCUAAAAGUUCCCUUGAAAAUUCUCACUUGACAAAUAUUGUUCACUAUUAUCAAAAAAGUCCUAUAAGAAUACUUGACUAAUUUUUAGCGGAAUUCUUAUCGAAAAAUUCUCCCCUAAUAAAUAUCGCAAGUUUAAUCGGAAUUUUUUUCAAAACCAAUUUUUUAUUAAAAAUACUUUCUUGAUAAAUAAAUAUUGUACUCUUUGAACACUUUUAUCAUAAUGUUAUCAACAAACUGUUAUAAAACUACUCGUACUAUGAGCAGUUUUAUUUGAAUGUUAUUAAAAAAAAAUUCCCAUAAACACUCACUUGAUAAACAACUGUCACACUGAACCGUUUUAUCGGAAUGUUGUCAAAAAAUUCCCAAAUAAAUACUCAAUUUAUAUAUUAAUAUUGCGCUCACUGAGCGUUUAUAUUGGAAUGUCAUCAAUUUGAAAAACUUGUUAAAUGAACAUUUCUCUCUAAGCAGUUGUCAGAAUUGUUUUCUUAUUACAGUAUUAAGAAUUUCAUCUUAACCUUAUCAACAUUUCUUAAAAAUGCACAUUGGUGAUCAUAGCUUCAAUUCGAAAUAUACUGAGAAGUGUUGCUAAUAUCUUUAUGAAAUAAUUAUAAAUAGUUGUAUUAAAAAGCUCUGAGCAGUUUUAUCAGAACAGUGGGUACUUUUUUUCUCAUCAGACUAUGCAGGUGUAUCUAAUGUUGUGGUCAGUGAGUGUGACGAUGAGUGUGUGUUAUCAAGUGGAACAUGCAAGUGAUAUUUUGUAAUAUACAAAACUACAAUAUUUAUGAUUAACUAAUUUUCAAUGUGGGGAAACAUAAAACCUAUGCGCCUUUUUAGCCUGACAAAUACUGUGUGAAGGUGUGUCAUCACUGCUUGUGUGUGUGUGUGUGUGUGUGUGUGUGUGUGUGAGAAGCCAAAGCCAACUAGUUUUCCGUAAAACUUGUUGCACAAGUAUUUUUAUUUAUUACAUUUUGUAAAAUAAACGUUUUAUUCAUA